ACGACAUUUCUUCCUGGCAAUGCGUUUUGCUCUGUCCUUGGCGGACUCAUCCCCGAGGCCCAAAUAUGUCUGAGCAAUUACUAGUGCUCCUGGGAGGCCUCGCGUGUGGGCUGCGCCACCAUGCAGCUGCAGGCGACUAGAUGGCGGCCGGGAUGUGACGCUGCAUCGUGGACAUCCGACAGGUCAGAGAUGACAUCUUGUCGCAUCUCUACUUAUCUCCCAGCAAUCUCUCUCCGAUGAGUAUCAUCGCAAUCCUAUCAUCGGAAUGCGGCUCCUCAACGUCGACACGUUCUGCUUCACCGAGUACUUCGGGACCACGCCCCCGCCGUAUGCGAUCGCAUCGCAUCGCUGGACGGCGGGCGCCGAGGCGAUGUGGGAGGAUGUGCACGAGAGGAAGAAGACGGACACAGCUGGGUAUCGCAAGGUGCAAGGGUUUGUGGCAUACAUGAGGACACACCUGCCAUUGGUGAAGUGGCUGUGGGUGGAUACAUGCUGCAUCAAGCAGCAGAGCGAUCGCGAGCUGUCGGAAGCGAUCAACUCAAUGUUCCAGUGGUAUCGCGACGCGGAGGUGUGUCUAGCAUACUUGGAGGAUGUUCCCACCGUGAGGGAUAUAGCGACCUUCGAGCAGAGCGUAUGGUUUCGGCGCGGGUGGACGCUGCAAGAGCUGCUGGCGCCGGGCGUUGUGAUCUUUCUCUCAAACGACUGGAAUGUGAUCGGCCACAAGGGCAAUAACGGCCGCGGGCGAAGCGGAAUGUCGAAACAGACUGGCCCAUCGCUGGAAGACCUGAUUUCGCGUGCGACUGCUAUUCCACUCGCGAUUUUACACGAUUACCGAGCAGGCGACAACCUGACCGCCGGAGAGAAGAUGAAAUGGACAGAUGGCAGGGAGACGAUGCGGGCAGAGGAUCUGUCGUAUUGUCUGCUUGGUAUCAUGGGAGUCAGCAUGAACAUCCGUUACGGCGACGGCAAGGACAAGACAAGAGAGCGACUGCUACACAAAAUUGCAAAGCGCAAAGGUGAAGCAGUACCUAGCGAGUUCUCCGUCCCUUUCAGCCUGCAAGGUGUCCCGACGACGGAAUACUUCGUGCCCCGCAAGCUCGAGAUGCAGCAUCUCAUCGAGUUUUUCGCAAUCACAUCGGCACGGACGGCACAGCAGCGGGUGUUUGUGGUGUACGGCACGGGCGGGAUGGGGAAGACGCAGCUGUGUGCCAAGUUUGCGGAGACGAAUGCCGAGCGGUUCAGUGCGGUGUUCUGGCUGGACGGGUCGUCGAGAGAUGCCUUGCAGCGAUCGAUGGCGAGCGCAGGUGUUCAGUUGUCGACCCGUGUGCAAGAUACGACGGCACAGAUGGACGUCGCACAAUUGGUCGUCGACUUUCGGCAAUGGUUGUCGUCCCCGGGCAAUACGAACUGGCUGAUGGUGAUUGACAACAUCGACCGCGACUGGCAGGGCAAGACGAAGGACGAUCAGGCAUACGACUAUCGCGAGUUCCUACCGCACGCUCAUCACGGGAACGUCUUGAUUUCGACACGUCUGAGACGACUGCAACGACCAAAUGCCAGCCUUCAUUUAGAUACUGCCGACGAUGAGCUAGCGAAAGAGAUGGUCGAAACACGCGCAAACAAAGUGGUGACGAAUAUCAAUCAACUGCUGCCCAAGCUCGGCGGUCUGCCCCUUGCGCUCGCUCAAGCAGGAGCAUAUCUCGGCACAACCGGGAUGAGCGUUACGGACUAUCUCGAGCAUUAUGAUACGACGUGGACGGCGCUGAUGCAGAAUCAAGAUCAGUUUCCACUGCAGGAGUACGGCGAACGGAGCGUGCUUACGACGUGGACGAUGUCAUACGAACAGGUGAAGGGUAUGGACCCACUGGCAGCGCAGCUGCUUGAUCUGUGGGCGUUCCUCUAUCACGGCGAUGUAUGGGCGGAGCUGGUGCUGACCGGGCAGAGCGACAAGGGACAGCACAGCCGGAGCGAAGAUGCAGUCUUCGGGCCAGUAACGAAGCUCUCCCUGCAGCACUCGAUUGGAACUCUCGUCCAAUACUCGAUGGUGAACAUGAGCACCGCGGAUCGAGCGCCCACGAUACAUCCGGUAGUGCACGCAUGGUGUCUGCACAGCUUGGACAGAUCUACAGCACAACAAUUGCAGGCGACGGCGUUGAGACUUGUCGCCAGGAUGGCAGAAUCGGCAGGUCGAGGAGUGGCCAAAGACUUGGGACUUCGGCUAGCUGCACAUGCGAAAGUGAUCGGGACGAGAGUAGCAACGUGGCGAUCGGAUGAAGCGGAGCAAGCUCUCGAGUGUCAUCAGAUCGCAUACUUUCUGUCCGAUUGGGAAAAGUCUAAAGAAGUCGAGAAUCUAUAUUUGCGGGCGCUGCGCGGGUACGAGAAGGCAUGGGGCGCGGAGCACACGUCGACGCUGGACACGGUCAACAAUCUCGGCAAUCUGUAUGCGGACCAAGGCAAGAUGGCGGAGGCGGAGGCGAUGUUACUGCGGGCGCUGCGCGGGACGGAGAAGGCGUGGGGGCCGGACCACACGUUGACGCUGGAGACGGCCAACAAUCUCGGCAUUCUGUACGCGCGCCAAGGCAAGCUGGCGGAGGCGGAGGCGAUGUUACUGCACGCGCUGGGCGGGUACGAGAAGGCAUGGGGCGCGGAGCACACGUCGAUGCUGGACAUGGUCAACAAUCUCGGCAAACUGUAUGCGAAGCAAGGCAAGAUGGCGGAGGCUGAGGCGAUGUUACUGCGGGCGCUGGGCGGGUACGAGAAGGCAUGGGGUGCGGAGCACACGUCGUCGCUGAACACGGUCAACAAUCUCGGCCUUCUGUACGCGGACCAAGGCAAGAUGGCGGAGGGAAGGAGAAGGCAUGGGGCGCGGAGCACACGUCGACGCUGGACACGGUCAACAAUCUCGAGGCGGAGGAGAUGUACUUGCGGGCGCUGCGCGGGUACGAGAAGACAUAGGGACGAGAUCAUGCGGACACGCUCCGAACGGCUACAAAUCUGCUCUCACUUUACAAGACGGAAGCCUUUGUGCAUUUUACACAUGUGAAUGCGAGAAGAUUGCGCCUUCCCCAAGCAUUUAUGACCUAUGCAUCAGAUGGCGUCCUAUUCACAUUAGAAAAGCUUGUGCGGCUUCUCGCUUAUUGCGACGGUCUACUUCAGCAUGAAAUGGGCAUCGUGGGUAGGAUUCUGAUGUGGAUGGACAACCGCGAGCAUGCAUUCACGGCCUUCCAAUUUUACAGGAGUUCGCGAGAUGGCCCCGUAUGCGACGGCUGCGAGGAA